AUGAUGCUCCACGAGGCAGUAAUGUUGGAAAUCUACCGCCAGGCACUUCACGCCAGUGAAAUGGCCAGCCCUAGAUGCCAAUCGAGGGAGUCAUCCGGCGGUGGUCGUUGCCCAUCGGACGAAUCGAUCCGGUCCGAGGGCGACAGGGACGGCCAGAACUCGGGCCCGAACAUGAGCCCGGUUUCGAUAACGCUCCCGCCCACCCUGCCGCCAGCAGCCGCCGCCGCCCUCCUGCCUCAGCAUUCUGCCGCGAUGGCCGCCUACCUGAACGUGGCCGCCGUUGCGGCCCAACAGAACCGACUGCUGCUAGGUUCGCCGCUGGCCGGACUGGCGGCCGCUCGUAACGGAUCCCCGCCGAUACUACCUCCACUGGCAUCUCCGACGGACGAGAGCGACGACGCUGCGCUGGACUUUAGCAAAAAGCGCACCGACAGCGGAACGGCCGACGAUGACGGUGCCAGUGACUGCGAAGAUGGAGACGCGGUCAAUCUGAGCGCAAAGUCCGGCGAAAACAGUCCGCUGGAUCUGUCGGUUAGCCACCGGAAGCGAACGGGUGAUGACUCCCACUCGCCUCCACCUCGGAAAGCUCCUCGCUCGCUCGACUACAAACCGGCCAUCGUUACGCCGUGGAGUUCACCGGUAACACCUCAGCUUCCUUACUUUGCCGCCGCCGUAGCAGCUGCUAGUCUAUCACCGAAGAACAACCACACCGAUUGGAACGGCAAACAUAAAGGUGUGACCAACGAAGCUGCUAAGGCUCUGGAGAAAAUGACCGAACUAAGUCGCCUUGGAGGAGAGGAAAUCUAUCGACCCUCGAACAAUAACCCCGCCGCAGGUGGCAAUGCACCGGGCGGUGGCCGUCACAGCGCAUGGCAAUCACACUGGCUCAACAAGGGAGCCGAUUCGGCCAAGGAUGUCCUCAAAUGUGUUUGGUGCAAGCAAAGCUUCCCCUCAUUAGCUGCGCUGAGCACUCACAUGAAGGAGACCAAACACUGCGGCGUAAACGUUCCUCCGGGCACCGGAAUGCCUCAACAACCGAUCCAAUCGCAACCACCGAAUUCGUCCAACCAGAACACCGCUGGCAGUGCUUCCAACAAACCAUCACCGAGUGAGCUAAAUCUUCUAAUUAAGGAAACCAUGCCGCUUCCCCGCAAGCUCGUGCGCGGUCAGGACGUUUGGCUUGGAAAGGGUGCCGAACAAACUCGGCAGAUCCUAAAGUGCAUGUGGUGUGGCCAGAGCUUCCGAACCUUGGCCGAAAUGACAGCUCACAUGCAGCAAACGCAACAUUACACUAACAUCAUUUCCCAAGAACAAAUCAUAUCGUGGAAAUCAUCCGAUGGUGAGAAGCCCGGUUCGGGCGCUCCAGGACCCAGUGGAAACUCCUCGAACGCUGCGGGGACACCCAACACCCCGGCCGCCCAGGCCAACAGUCACGUCAACGCAGUUUUCACCUGCAAAGUGUGCGAUCAAGCAUUUUCCUCACUAAAAGAACUCAGCAAUCACAUGGUUAAAAAGGCCCACUACCAAGAGCACAUAAUGCGAACGAUGACCGAAAGUGGUGGCCGCCGAAGGCAGCCCCGAGAGAAGCGAAAGAAAUCCCUUCCGGUAAGAAAAUUGCUCGAAAUGGAACGAGCCCAGCACGACUACAAGAACGGCGAAAAUCCUCCGGUUAGCGCAGCGAACAAACCCAUCCGCGAUCUCGGUGCCGGAAAAAUAACCUGCGAAAAGUGUAACGAAAAAAUCGAAACAACCAUGUUCGUGGAUCAUAUCAGGCAGUGCAUCGGCGGAACGGCGAUCCUGCAAGCGCAACAGCAACGGGAAAAAUUGAAGAAUGCCCUUCUUUCCAACACCAUCAUCCCACCGGAUUCGAUCAGUCCGGUAACGCCGAUCAGCCGGGAUGGUCGCAAAUCGGUUGGCGAUGAUCUGUCGUCGCCACUUUCACUGCAAAAGUCACCCAUGCCGGCGGAUCUGUCCUCUCCGGCUUCGGCGAAGAAGGACGGCGAGAAAAGUUCCUCUCCCUCGGUGUUGAAUGCGAUCGAGCAGUUGAUAGAGAAGAGUUUCGAUACUCGUUCCCGCCAUCCGAGCACCAAUUUUGGGAAUACCAGUCAAAGUACGACACCGCUCGGUUCGAGCAUCCUGAAACGUUUGGGCAUCGAUGAGAGUGUGGAUUACACCAAACCGCUUGUCGAUCCGCAGACGAUGAACCUUCUGAGGAGUUACCAUCAGCAGCAGUACGUUUCGCAGUUUGGAAGACGAGAACGGAGUGGCAGCGAAUCGAGCUCCAUUUCGGAGCGAGGGUCGAGCCGGGUGGAUUCGUUGACACCGGAAAAGAAGUACGACACGACCGGUCACUCAACGCCAAGAGGAACUCCGGAGAAGCAGUUCAUAGACGACCACAACAACAGUGACGAACAGCAGGUGAAUAUAAAGCGGGAGAUGGCGAGCGAUGACGAAGACGAGGGUGACAAACAUGAACCAUCGAAAAUUAAGAUCAAGAAGGAACUCGACGAAGACGAAGAAGAGGGACCCAUGAGGCCUCCAAGCAAAUCAAACGACGAAGCAGCAGACACGGAAAAAGAACACAGAAGACGGUGUAGUGUGGCUUCUAGUCCUGCCCCAAGUCCGCGACUAUCAACCGCCAGCGUUCCUCUGAGUCCAUCAGCUAGUCCCAUCAGUGACCAUCAUUCCAUUGCAUCGCGGUCGACUCCGGGGGUGGCGGAUGGCAGCAGCAAAAAGUCAUCCAGUGGCAACGUGAGCAGCAGUUUGGGCGCACUGUCAUCGAUGUUUGACAGUUUAACUGGAGCGGGAAGUGCCGGCACUGCAGAAACAAGUGGAUCAGGUAAAAAAUCAAACGCUCAUCCACUGGCAGCACUGCAGAAGCUUUGUGAUAAAACCGAAACGCAACCCAGUGGCAGGGCGGGAACCAGUAGUGCACUGCUUUCGGCUACUACCAAUGCACAACCUAGUAGAACUGCUCCGGGGGCAAUAUUAGCAUUUAGCUGGGCGUGCAAUGACGCGGUUGUGUCGGACGAAUCGGUUAUUAAGUGUGCCUAUUGUGACACGACGUUCACCUCGAAAGGCGCCUACAGGCACCACCUGUCCAAGGCGCACUUCGUCAGUGACGAGGUUAUUCCGGAUCCGAAGGGUCAGGGUUCCUUAAAACCCGGUUCUCCACAUUCGCCUAAAUCAACCGGAAGUGGUGUUGGUGGCGCCGUUGGAAUGAGUAGUCGUGAAAAUUCGAACCGUACCGACGGCGGCAGUACUCCGGUGCCUUCAAUGGUGGGUCCUGGCGGUGGUGGUGCUGGCGGCGGCGGCGGCAGGGACAGUGGAAGCGGAAACGGGCAAACCAAAAGCCCACCUCCAACGCAAUCACCGGCGGCAUUCGAUGAAAGUCCGCACUCCAAGUUUCUCAAGUACACCGAACUGGCCAAACAGUUGUCGUCCAAGUACGUCUGA